UGGAAGUCGUUGGAAUAUGUUUUUUAGUGCGGUCCAGUACAUAAGUGACCAGUGUUGUGAACGCAGCUGAAACAAAAUGCAUUUAAUUACAAGUUUUCAGUGAUUUUUUUUUGUUUUUAUAUUUAAUGACAUGCAAGUUUUGUUGUGAUUAUUAAAUAGGGUUUUGUAAUUUUAAAUGAGACUUAUUUUAUGACCUCGAAUAUGGAAAAUAAUGUGGAAGGGGUGCAACCGAGGGGUAAAAAGUGGCAUUCACCAUUUAUGAGGCAGUGUUUCAUCACCGCGGGGGUGUCUCUCAACAUCAUCGCGCACGGCUGCGUCAUCGGCUUCUCCGCCAUCUUGAUUCCAAGUUUGCGAAGACCAGAGUCUCACAUACACGCGACGCCUGCGCAGGAGUCAUGGAUAGCUUCUGUGGUGGGCGUCGCCUUAAUCAUGGGUAACUUCAUCAUCACACCUUUGAUGGGUACGAUCGGCAGAAAGCGGUCUCACCUCGCCACCAUCGUGCCCAUCAUGACCGGAUGGAUCAUGCUUCUUCUAGUCAACAGCGUCGCUGGUCUUAUCACGGCAAGAGUCCUCCAAGGCAUAGCCAUGGGCAUGUUGGGCCCUUUAGGAUCUAUCAUCAUUGCCGAAAUGACCGACCCAAGGAACAGAGGAGCCUUCUUGACCUGUGUCUCCCUAUCAUUGACCAUUGGCGUUCUUUUCAGCCACGCUUUAGGAACUAUCUGUUCCUGGCAACAAUGCGCUUUGAUUUGCUCAUUUUUGACAUUCACCAGUCUCAUUUUGAUUAUAUACUCACCAGAAUCCCCGUCGUGGUUAAUAUCAAAAGGACGUUAUCAAGAAGCAAGCGAUAUAUUCUUUUGGCUCCGGGGACAGAACGAUGAACAAGUAGACGAGUUGGAAAGCAUGGUUAAAGCACAAAAGAUGAUCAGAAAAUCAAGCGUUGCUGGACAAACUUUACCUUUAGGUGCGAGGGUCAAACGUGGCUUCAAAUACUUCUUCACGACUUGCAAGAAACCUGGCUUCUACAAACCAAUCAUUAUAAUGUUAUUCAUGUACAUCAUGUUCCAAUUUGCCGGAAUCAAUGUUAUUAGCUCUUACGCCAUGGAUAUUAUUAGAAAAGUGGUCGGCCCUGAGGCUAAUUCCAAAGUUAUAAUGGUUGCAUUGGAUAUUGAAAGACUGAUUUGUAAUAUUAUGGCUGUGUUCCUUAUGAAGAAUUUUCCUAGGCGAACUGUGUUGUUUAGUAGUGGAACUGUCUGUAUAUUAGCUUACAUUGGGAAGGGAUCUUAUGUAUACGCGAAGCAAUAUGACCUCCUGCCUUUCGACAACCAAUGGAUACCUAUAUGUUUAAUAGGGAUAUAUAUGUUCUCCCUCACAAUAGGCAUUUCGUCGGUACCAUUUGCAAUAUCUGGAGAAAUAUUCCCGUUGGAAUAUCGAGGAUUGGCCGGAGGACUUGGUAUUUUACCGUUAUCAUUGAAUUUCUUUAUAGCUGUAAAGUUUUUCCCAGUUCUAACCAAUGCUAUAGGUUUGCCUUUUACCUACUAUCUUUACGCAGGUGUAGUAACUGUUUGUUUAGUGAUACUAUACUUCAUGUUGCCAGAAACAAAAGACAGAACUCUGCAGCAAAUCGAAGACUCACUCUGUGGCGUGUCUCGUGAGGACAGGGUCAGCUCGGAACCUUUGAAUAAAGAAGGCGGAGAAUUGAGAAGGUGUAGUUCUCAUAUUCUGUAUUAAAUGGAAAGUCAGUAUUAUGAAACUAGUAAAUCACUUCACUUUUCACGACACAAUCAACAAGUGAAGCUUGUACUGGAUAUUAGUUAUGUUAUUUUAACCAAGUGAUAUAGUUAUAAAUCGUGACUGUUAUUUUCUAUUUUCAGAUAAGUUUAUUUAUACGGUAUAUUUGAUUUAUGUAUUAUAUAAUCUGAUGAUUAAAUUAAGGUUAAUAAUAAAAUUGAGAAAUCUUGAAA